CUAAAGAAAUAAAUAAAAAAAAAGUCCGCAAAGAUAUUUGCGGACAGUAACCAAAAAUCAAAAAACACAUUAUCUAACCCAAAAAAAAAGUUUUUAAAGAAAACAGAAAAAUGAAUCUUCUUCUCAUUUUUCCCCUUCUCAAUUUUCUUCUACUUCAAUUUACAAAUUUAAUUAACUGCCAACACCAAUCCUUUGCAAAUACAAAAUUUGAAUUGCCCGAAACAUUACCAGAAGAAGAACAAAAUAUGGUUGAAAUUGCAGCUAAUCAAGAUAUUACACCAGAGACACAACCCCCACCUCCCCCGACAACACCCACACCCACACCACCACCGCCAACAGAGACAACAACAGAAUUAACAACAACUCUUCCGACAACAACAACGACUCUACCAACAACAACACUCCUAACAACAAUUAAUAAUACACAACAACAAAAAACACCAUUACCAGUACUUCCUAAUCUUGUUGAGUUACCCAGAUUUGUUGAGAGAGGAAAUGUUCAGGUGAAAGGAAUGGAAGAAAAAAAUUUUUAA